UCAUGUUGUUUGUUUAUACAGAUGCAAGAGCUUUCAAAACACCAAGCGCGGCGAAGUGUGCCGCAUCCCGGGCUGUACAGUAACGCCAUCUGUUGGCACGCAGCCGAUACCGAUACGCAUGCCACACGUACAACCUGAGACAUUUAGACUUUUUAUACAAUACGUUUACACCGGAAAGCUUCUCCUUCAAGAUUCUGGAGUGUUUGAAAUGAUGACGUUAGCAGCAGAUCUCGGCGUCGAAGAUCUCCGCGCCGCAUGUGAGGACCACGUUACUUCCACGUUAAGCGUAGAAAGCGCUUGUACACUUCUAGCAGCUGCAAUGGAAAUUCAAGAUCGACCAGGAGGCAAAAGCGCGUCAUCGUUCAUGGAGCGCUGCAUCGCUUUCAUCGGAGACAACGCCGCCGACUGCGUGAAGACCAACGCUUUCCUCAACCUGCCGAAAGAAGCUCUUAUCAAACUGAUCUCUUCUGACUUUCUAUGCCUAGAAGAAGAGGAAGUGUGGCGGUGCGCGCUGGCGUGGGCCAAGCAGCGCGCCGGCGUGACGCAGCCCACGGCGCACUGGACGGAGGAGGAGCGCGCGCGCGUGUGUCACCACCUUGCGCCGCUCAUGCAGCACGUGCGGCUGCUGCUUAUUGACAGCGCUGUGUUCGCGGAGGAGGUGGAGCCGACGGGCGCGGUGCCCAUGGAGUUGUCGCUGGAGCGGUACCGCCGCGCCGCCCUGCACGCCGCACCGCCGCCGCCCGACAAGCGCACGCAACCUCGAUUGGCUGUCAAUAUGUUUAUCGGGUCUGUAAUUCUUCAGCAAGAGAAGAGUGCUUUCCAAGCUGUCAUCAACAACUGGUGUGGGAGCCCGAAACAAACAUGGCGUCUGAUAUUCCGUGCGUCGACACACGGCUACUCGGCCCAAGCGUUCCACUCGCACUGCGACGGUGUGGCGCCUGUGCUCGUGCUUGUACAGCUGUCGCGCGGGUCGGUGGUGGGCGGGUUCAGCUCGGCGGCGUGGGCGGCGGGCGGCGCGGGCGGCUACGUGCCCGCCGAGCGCGCGCUGCUGUUCGCGCUGCCCGACCCGCCCGCGCACGCGCCGCACGCACCCCACGCGCCGCACGCACCCCACGCACCCCACGCGCCGCACGCCGCGCCCGCCAAGCACGACCUGCACAAGAAACCCUUCGCGCUCUGCUACCAUCCAGAUUGCGGUCCCAUAUUCGGCGCAGGAGCAGACCUGUUGAUAUCCAACAACUGCAACACGAACAGCGAGAGUUACAGCAACCUGCACUCGUACGGAGACGCGAUCGCGCCCGCCUCGCUCGCUGCCGAGUACAACUUCACUGUACGCGACUACGAAGUCUUUACUUAUAAACAGAAUUAAAUAUAUUGA